UCCGUCCAUUGCAGCGGAGGUUUUCUCGAGCUUUCCUUCCUUGCUCUUAUCCUCUUCCUCCGGCCACCUCACAGGGAUCCAAUCGUCCUCUCCCUCAGCGGCCUCUCCUUCACGCUGGCUUUCUUCUUCUCUGUGACCUGACGUUCGCUGCCACGGCAGCCUCUUCUCCGGCGCCUGCUCCCUGCAGUUGCAGCCCAGCGAGCGCUGUGCUCCCCCAUGCCGUCGAAGCUCUUUCCGGUUCCCCCUGUUACGUGGAGCUGAUUUACGCGGGCGGCAGCUCAGAAUAGUAAUGCUUCUACUCAGUCAGCAUCUGUCCAUCUGUGUUUUCUUGCUGCAGCAACAGUGAUACUUCUACUCAGUCAACAUCUGCCCAUCUGUGUUUUCUUGCUGCAGCAACACGUCCCCAUCAAACAAAUACCUAAUUACAGGUUCGCAAUUACAUAGAGAGGUUGAAUAUGGAUUCAUUGUAUGCUUCCCAGUUGUGACAAUAAUGGCUGAAAUGAAUAUGAAUUGCUAAAUAUUUGAAGCCAUCCAACGAAGCAUAGGUCAUUCAUACAGCUUCGCUUUCAAUGCUAUGGCGUGCUCAACAACUCCAGUAAAGUAUCGUAGAGAAUCAUCUUGAACUAUGGACAAAGCACGCAAGCGGAAGGCUGCUCAUACAGGGAGACCCCCCAAUGAGCAAUUGACAAAUAAUGAUUCAUCCAUACCGGCUUCUCAGUUAGGAAGCUCCAUUUCAGAAUCUCUCCUUCCAUCACAGAGAGUGGUCAGACAACGAGCCCUGCUAUCUUCAGAUUUGCCACGGCCAGAGUCAUCUACUGCUGCUGAAACACGUAAGAAACGUAAGGCAGCUAUAGCUUCUAGAAGACAGGAAGAGAAUUCAGAGCCUCCUCUUCAUAACCGACACCGCCGUAAGUUGUUAAAGGAAUUGUUCCCUAAGAGGACAUUCAGGUCCUAUCUCAGACUGCUGCUAUAUGAAGCUGCUAAUAUUGCAAUCAAAGAAUCACCGGCGAAACACACAUACAAAUAUCUGGCACUGUUUUCGCACCCCUUUAUUUGGGAAGUCAGAAUCAAACAUGCUCAUAUUGUGGUGCUCGCUUUUGGGCUGAGGAACGAGUACGUGGACAUGGACAUGGACGGACAACUUCUCCAGUAUAUAACAAAUGCUGCAGAGGAGGAAGCAUUCUACUACCUCCUUACAAGCCACCUCCGGAGCCCUUACUUGGCCUUCUGACAGGAAAGGAUCCUGCACUAUCAAGACAUUUCUUUGAUAACAUCAGACGGUACAAUUCUAUGUUUGCCAUGACUUCUAUGGGCGUCAAUGUCAUAAAUUCUAUCAACGAUGGCCGUGGCCCUUAUGUCUUCAAAAUUAGUGGCCAACUAUGUCAUCGAAUAGGAUCACUAAUUCCAAACGAUGAAGCAAGACCUGAGUAUUGCCAGUUA